AUCGGCCUGGAUUGCUACUAUCCCCCGUGACGUCUUGCAAAUGGUAGCACACUGCUCUUCAACUAAAAGUUCUGGCUCUUCUGCAUUGGCUCUCGUUGAUUGUGAAAAAGCGUUGUUUGCUGACUCCAGUCAGUAAAUCUUUUUAUGUAUCUAAGGGCUCUUCAGCAGCUUCACGUCCUCCAAAGAGCACAUCAAGUACGAUGGCGGAUGCUGCAGGUGCGGAGGCUGGCGGGAGCGCCAUUGCAGUGCCCGGCAGCGAGACGGACAAGCUGGCUGGAUCGUUUGGAGGGCUCUCAAUCGAUGAGCGCUUUGCGUUAGCCCGGAGCGUUGGGGAGGAGUGCAUCCAAGAGGACGAACUUUGGAACCUGCUUCUGAAGAAGCCCACGCCCCCCGUCUGCUACGAUGGGUUUGAACCCAGUGGCAGGGUCCAUAUUGCGCAGGGCGUGAUGAAGGCGUUGAACGUAAACAAGCUGACGAAGGCGGGGUGCAUAUUCAAGUUCUGGGUGGCGGACUGGUUCGCGCAGCUCAACAACAAGAUGGGGGGCGAUCUCAAAAAGAUCCAGACCGUUGGGCGCUACAUGAUCGAAGUCUGGAAGGCCGUCGGGAUGGAUCUGACCAACGUACAGUUCCUAUGGUCGUCGGAAGAGAUCAACUCGAAGGCACACGAGUACUGGCCGCUCGUGAUGGACAUCGCUCGCAAGAACAACCUCGCGCGGAUCGUCCGGUGUUCGCAAAUUAUGGGGCGGAAUGAGAAGGACGACCUGUCGGCUGCGCAGAUCCUGUACCCCUGCAUGCAGUGCGCAGACAUCUUCUUCCUUAAGGCGGACAUUUGCCAGCUGGGCAUGGACCAGCGCAAGGUGAACAUGCUCGCGCGCGAGUACUGCGACGAGAUCAAGCGCAAGAACAAGCCCAUCAUUUUGAGCCACCACAUGCUGCCCGGGCUGCAGCAGGGCCAGGAGAAGAUGUCCAAGAGCGACCCCAACUCGGCCAUCUUCAUGGAGGACUCCGAGGCGGAAGUGAACGUCAAGAUCAAGAAGGCGUACUGCCCGCCAGGGGUGAUCCAGGGCAACCCCAUCUUUGAGUACGUAAAGUUCGUCCUCAUACCCUGGUCGGGGAAACUAAACGUGGUGCGAGCGGAGGAACACGGCGGGAACAAAACUUACACGGAUAUUGCGGAAGUCGAAGCGGACUACACGGCAGGGUCGCUCCAUCCGGGGGACCUGAAGUCCGCGCUCUCGAGGGGGUUGAACGAGAUCUUGCAGCCCGUACGAGACCACUUUCAGAAGGACCCGGAGGCCAAGAAGCUGCUUACGCAAGUAAAGUCGUACAAGACAACCCGAUGAUCCAAUCCAAGCGCACGCGUUGGCGAUUGGGGCGGUACCUGGGAAGCGAUUCCCAUCGCUCGGCCCAAACGAUCUGUGCAUCGCUCGUUUCCUGAGCUGGUCGAAAAGACAGACUUGUCUCAGUGAGCCACGAGCGUUGAUAACGUCGUUCGCUGCCGUGAUAAAUGAGUUUCACUCAGGCCACGAGGUCACGUCGACUGCUGCGCAAUUGCCAUGCCAUCCGUAUGCAUUCACCUUUAUCUGAUGCUUCGCCAUCCCGAGG